CGGGACCGCACGAGCGGAGAUGCGGCGGGUCCCGCGGGCGGGGCUGGUGCUGCUGCUGCUGAAAGUGGGGGUGCGCGCCGCGCUGCUGGGACUCUUCCUGUUCACUGAGCUGCUGCCUCCUUUCCAGCGAGUCAUACAGCCGGAAGAAAUGUGGCUCUAUAAAAACCCCUAUGUGGAGUCCGACCAUGUACCCGCUAAGCCCAUGUUUUUAAUUUCCUUUUUGUCUCCCCUGAUCUUGAUUCUCCUGGCCAAAUUCUUCAUGAACGCGGACCAAGAGGAUACGCGGGAAGCCUGCUUAGCUGCCAGCCUGGCUCUUACCCUGAAUGGUGUCUUUACCAAUGCUGUGAAGCUGGCCGUGGGCAGGCCUCGACCGGAUUUCUUCUACCGCUGCUUCCCAGAUGGCCGGGAAACCCUUCAGCUGCUGUGCACGGGGGACGCGCAAAUAGUGACCGAGGGGCGCAAGAGCUUCCCCAGUGGACAUUCCUCUUUUGCCUUUGCCGGCCUCGCCUUUGGCUCCUUCUACAUCGCAGGGAAGCUCCACUGCUUUGCGCCUGGCGGGCGUGGGCAGUCCUGGCGCCUCUGUGCCUUCUUGGCGCCCCUCUUUGUGGCGAUGCUCAUUGCUUUAUCCCGCACCUGUGAUUACAAGCAUCACUGGCAAGAUGUGCUGGUUGGUUCAGGAAUGGGCCUUGCAUUUGCCUACCUGUGCUACAGACAGCAUUACCCUCCUCUGACUGAUCCCGAGUGCCAUCAGCCACUGCAGCGCAAAUCCAGGUUCUCUGGCCCAGAGAGACAAAAGCUGACAGUCUCUGGUUUCAGCCUCGAUGUAUAAAGACCUCAAGAUGCCCACCUGCAUGUCCUGGG